AUGGCGGUGUCAACCCGGGCUCUGCGAAACGCGAGCGGUGUCCUGCUGAGGGACUGCACCCCGAGGGCACGGCCUGCUUUGAGGGCCUUCUCUACCUACCGUCCGAGUCUCGUUGCUAGACAGCAUCUCCUCACGUCCAAGACCCCGACAUGGCAGGCAACCAGGAAGUUUACCCGUGCGACUGGUCGUUAUGCUGCGGUCCAAGAACCUCCCCGCGCCGAGUCAUACCUGGAGAGCGGUGUUGUGGAGCAGGGCAAGAAUCUGGUUGAUGUCAAGAAGGUUCUGGUCAUUGGUAGUGGUGGCUUGAGUAUUGGACAGGCUGGAGAGUUCGAUUAUUCUGGUGCCCAAGCCUUGAAGGCACUCAAAGAGGCUGGCGUCGAAUCGGUUCUCAUAAAUCCCAACAUCGCCACAAUCCAGACUGACCACAAGCUCGCGGAUCAAGUCUACUAUCUGCCCGUCACGCCGGAAUAUGUGUCAUACGUGAUCGAACGGGAGAAACCCGACGGCAUUCUGCUCACUUUCGGUGGUCAGACUGGUCUCAAUUUGGGUGUGCAGAUGAACAGAAUGGGCUUAUUCGAACGCUACGGUGUCAAAGUCCUAGGUACUCCGAUCAAAACUCUGGAGACCAGCGAAGAUCGAGAUUUGUUCGCCAGGGCACUCGACGAGAUUAACAUCCCUAUUGCCAAGUCGAUCGCGGUCAAUUCUGUUGAAGAAGCUCUCGAAGCUGCUGAAAAGGUCGGCUAUCCCAUUAUCGUUCGUUCUGCCUAUGCUUUAGGUGGUCUUGGUUCUGGAUUUGCCGCAAAUAGGGAGGAAUUGAGCAACUUGUCCUCUCAAUCUCUAUCCCUCUCACCUCAAAUUUUGGUGGAGAAGUCCUUGAAGGGCUGGAAAGAACUCGAAUACGAAGUGGUUCGUGAUGCCGAGGAUAACUGCAUUACCGUCUGCAACAUGGAAAACUUCGACCCUCUUGGAAUUCACACCGGAGACAGCAUCGUAGUAGCUCCCAGUCAAACACUGAGUGAUGAGGAAUACCACAUGCUUCGGACUGCUGCUAUCAAGAUCAUUCGACAUCUCGGAGUCGUGGGCGAAUGCAACGUGCAAUACGCCCUCCAGCCUGAUGGGCUGGACUACCGUGUUAUCGAGGUUAAUGCUCGUCUUUCUCGAUCAUCUGCACUCGCUUCCAAAGCCACCGGCUAUCCUCUCGCCUAUACAGCUGCUAAGAUUGGUCUUGGUCACACUCUCCCGGAACUUCCAAACGCUGUUACCAAGACUACCACGGCCAAUUUUGAACCUAGUCUGGACUACAUUGUGGUCAAGAUGCCACGUUGGGAUUUGUCCAAAUUCCAACACGUCAAGCGCGACAUCGGAAGUGCUAUGAAGUCGGUUGGCGAGGUGAUGGCAAUUGGUCGCACGUUCGAGGAAGCCUAUCAGAAGGCUAUCCGCCAGGUUGAUCCCAGAUAUGUCGGGUUCCAAGGCGACAAAUUUGAAGAUCUUGACGAAACUCUUCGAAAUCCCACAGACCGACGCUGGCUCGCCGUCGGCCAAGCCAUGAUCCAUGAGAACUACUCUGUCGAGAAACUUCACGACUUGACCAAGAUUGACAAGUGGUUUCUACACAAGUUGCAGAAUCUGAAGGACACUAUGACCGAAAUUCAAGAAAUCGACUCAGUCUCGGGCAUCAGACAGGAACUUCUCACCAAGGCAAAGAAACAGGGCUUCUCCGAUAAGCAGAUCGCUUCGUACGUUGGAGCUACCGAGGGUGAAGUUCGUGCCCGUCGCCAGAAAUUCGGCAUUCGACCGUGGGUCAAAAAGAUUGACACUCUGGCGGCCGAGUUUCCUGCCGACACAAAUUAUCUCUACACGACUUAUAACGCUUCUUCGCAUGAUGUCACCUUCGAGGACAAGGGCACCAUCAUCCUUGGUUCCGGCGUCUACAGAAUUGGUUCUUCGGUGGAGUUCGAUUGGUGUGCUGUGAAUGCUACCCUAGCUUUAAAAGACAUGGGUAAGAAGACGAUAAUGGUCAACUAUAACCCAGAGACUACAAGCACAGAUUUCGACAUCCCUGAUCGACUCUAUUUCGAAGAAUUGUCGUAUGAGCGCGUGAUGGACAUCUAUGAACUCGAGGCUGCGAGCGGUGUGGUGGUAAGCGUGGGUGGCCAGCUUCCCCAGAACAUUGCACUCCGCCUCCAAGAGGAGGGAGGUGCAAAUAUCCUCGGUACUGACCCCAAAGACAUCGACAAAGCCGAAGAUCGCCACAAGUUCUCACAGAUUCUUGAUUCCAUCGGGGUCGACCAGCCCGCCUGGAAGGAAUUGACCUCUGUAGCCGAUGCUGAAACUUUCGCAGAUAGCGUCGGCUACCCCGUGCUUGUUCGCCCAUCAUAUGUGCUUUCGGGCGCCGCCAUGUCUGUUAUUCAAUCACAAGCUGAACUAAAGGACAAGCUGGAGUCAGCUUCUGCCGUUUCGCCCGAUCAUCCUGUUGUGAUCACCAAAUUCAUUGAGGGUGCUGAGGAGAUUGAUGUCGACGCUGUAGCUUCAAAGGGACAACUGAUCCUUCACGCCGUUUCGGAGCAUGUGGAAGCAGCUGGUGUUCAUUCCGGAGAUGCAACUCUAGUGCUGCCACCCGUCAAUCUCGAUGAGAGUGUCAUGGCACGCGUCAAGGAAAUCGCCGUGAAAGUGGCGAAAGCCUGGAAUAUCACAGGUCCAUUCAACAUGCAAAUCAUCAAAACUGGUGUUCCUGGUGAAGAACCUGCCCUCAAGGUCAUUGAGUGCAAUCUUCGAGCCUCACGAUCCUUCCCAUUCGUCAGUAAAGUCCUCGGAACCAAUUUCAUUACCACUGCAACCAAGGCUUUGACCGACACUGAUGUUCCUGAGCCACAAGAUCUAAUGGCUCAGAAACGUGAUUAUGUGGCAACCAAAGUUCCUCAAUUCUCUUGGACCCGUCUAGCAGGAGCCGACCCUUUCUUGGGAGUGGAAAUGAGCAGUACCGGUGAAAUUGCAUGCUUCGGCAAGGACAUCGUUGAAGCAUAUUGGGCAUCUCUGCAAUCGACCAUGAACUUCCGUUUGCCUCAACCUGGUGAGGGUAUCCUCCUCGGUGGCUCGACAGAGCUAUCUGAGCUCCCCAAGAUCGUUGAAUAUCUCCAACCCCUAGGCUACAAAUUCUACGCUGCAGAUCAAGAUGUGAAGUCACACUUGGAAAAGUCAGGAGCCACAAUAGAGGUAAUUGAAUUUCCCACUACGGACAAGAACAAACUCCGAGGAGUGUUCCAAAAAUACGACAUCAGAGGUGUCUUCAACAUCGCCAAGACUCGAGGAAAGACCUUGGUGGACAAGGACUACGUGAUGCGAAGGAAUGCCGUUGAUUUCGGUGUUCCAUUGUUCAUGGAGCCAAAGACUGCUCUUCUAUUCGCGCAAUGUAUGAAUGCCAAGCUGCCAAAGCAGGAAGGUAUUCCUCCCGAGGUCAAAAGCUGGAGCGAGUUCGCAGGGUCGAAAAUGAUGUAA